AUGGAGUAUCUUACGAGAAUUCUAAGGAAGAUGAGUGAUCUGGAUGAUUUCAAAUACAAUACAAUGUGCAAAGCAGCGAAACUUACACACUUAAUAUUUGCAGAUGAUUUAAUAGUGUUCUGCAAAGGAGACACAAAUUCUAUUAAGAGGGUGAUGGAAGCUCUGAAACAUUUUAGUGUUGUGACUGGCUUGGAAGCAAAUUUGCAGAAAUCUAACAUAUUUCUUGUUGGAAUGACUAAGGAAGCAAAGCUGAAAAUUUUGAAUAGUACUGGGUUCUCAAUGGGUGUACUACCUAUACGGUACCUGGGACUGCUGCUAUCUUCAAAAAAAUUGAACAAGGUGGAUUGUUACCAAUUGGUGGAGAAGAUUACAAAGAGAAUUACCUCAGGUUAUUCGAGGCAGCUUUCAUAUACAGGGAGGCUACAGAUAGUUAAUGUUGUUUUGUUCUCGAUAUAUAAUUUUUGGGGGACAGUGUUUAUCCUCCCACAGAGUGUGUUGCAGAAAGUAGAUAAAAAAUGCAGAGAAUUCCUAUGGGGAAGCUCGGAAGGGCACAAGAAAAUAGCCUUGGUGGCAUGGGAUAAGUUUGCAAACAAGAAAGAUGUAUUAUGGGUCAAGUGGGUACAUGAGAUAUAUAUGAAGGAUACCGAUAACAUUUGGGAGCACAUACCACCCCAAGAUUGUAGUUGGUAUUGGAAGAAACUGAAUGUUUUGAAGACAGAAAUGCUCCAAUGGUACCAAAGGGGACAGUAUGUUUUGACACCAAAUGGCACAUUCUCCAUGACCAGUAGCUACCAAGCCAUGCUAGUGAGGAAGGAUUUGGCUAAUUGGAUGGGUGUGGUACUGCUAAGAGGCACAAUUCAACAAAUAUUGGCGUGGAUUAAAAAAAGACGUUGGAAGCAAUUGAAGAAGGAAGCAGUAGUUGUUAUGUAUGGAGCAACAAUUUAUUAUACCUGUAAUUUUUCACUAACAGGAACAAAAUUUGUGAUCGGCCUUCCGUUUGUAAUUGUAUUUCUGGUGAUCAAAUUCAAAAGGAGGCAUUUGUCCAUGUAUGAUGCGAUUGAAGGCUUUUUGCAAACACAAAACAAUUUCAUGCCAAUCAGAUAUAACUACUCCCACAUAAAGAGAAUGACCAGAGCAUUCAAAGAGAAAUUAGGUGAGGGAGGUUACAGCAGUGUAUACAAAGGAAAGCUUCAAAGUGGAAGAGAUGUAGCAGUGAAGAUGUUGAACAAGCCUAAAGCUGGUUGUCAAGACUUCAUGAAUGAAGUGGCUACCAUUGGAAGGAUCCAUCAUGUCAAUGUGGUCGGGCUCGUGGGGUAUUGUGUUGAAGGAACAAUACGUGCUCUUGUAUACGACUUCAUGCCCAACGGAUCACUCGAUAAGUACAUCAGCACCAGUCAAGAAGCAAGUCCUCUGUUAAGUUGGCAGAGGAAGUAUGACAUUAUUCUUGGAGUGGCUCGAGGAAUUGGAUAUUUGCAUCGAGGCUGUGAUGUACGAAUUUUGCAUUUUGACAUCAAGCCACACAACAUUCUUUUGGAUGAGAAUUUCAUUCCAAAGAUUUCUGACUUUGGGCUUGCAAAAUUAUAUACAACAGAUAAUAGCAUUGUGAACCUCACAGCUGCUCGUGGAACGAUUGGAUAUGUAGCUCCAGAGUUGAUCAGCAGAAGCGUUGGGGCAAUCUCUAACAAAGCUGAUGUUUACAGCUUUGGAAUGCUGCUAAUGGAAAUGCUGGACUUGAAUAGACAUGAAGUUGCAAAUGAAGAAAAUUCCAGCCAAUAUUUUCCCUAUUAUAUUUACGAUAAGUUCAACAAGGGAAAGGAGAUUGUUGUGGAUGAAGAAGCAAAUGAUGAUGAAAAGAAGAUGGCUAGAAAGCUGACUUUAGUUGCGCUAUGGUGCAUACAAACAAAUCCGUUACAACGACCUUCGAUGAGUAGAGUAUUAGAAAUGCUUGAAGGUGAAGUUGAAGUGCUAGAAGUACCUCCUCAGCCUGUUCAAUCUCAACCGAUUGUUCAUCAGAUGAUGGGAAGUUCCAUGACAUUUUCGUCUGAUUCAAUAGCUUUGUUAGAAAAUUCUGCAGAUAAUCCCGCUGAAUAAGACAUGUUUUGAUUGACUCAUAGUUGAUGU